GUACUGUAAGAGCAAGAUGGUUGACCUUCUAUUGGAAAGCGGUUGUGCCGCGUACUUGGAGUUUCAAAAACUCAAAGAUUCGUUGAUGAUCUGGACAGGAGAGGAGCGUGGAGGAAAUGCAAGUGGGAGCAAGAUUGCAAGAUCGCCAUUACGUGUAACUGAUACGCUCACUGUGCCGGUUACUCGCCAGCAGAUCUUCAAACAUAAGAAAUUGUCGCUUCUUGAAAAACGGCAGUUGAUGAAGUUCAUCACCACUUCGGCGAACCUAUCGCCGAAUUUGGCCUUUCAAAGUGCAGCGGCAGUGGGGACUGAUACAUACAAUAGCGUUGAGGAAAAGCAAGAUUGCAAGAUUUUGCAAGAUCCAGUUUCUGAGCUGGAUUUGACAGCGUUACCGAGCAGACUGUUGGAUGGUCUCAAAUACGCCGUUUGCCUUGAUUUAAACGAGGACAACUGGAGGGCGAAUAAGAGCGUUCGGUUGCAGAAUCGAUUGACUCAGUUUGUCCAGUCUUUGCAAGUCUAUGAUAGCGACGG